GGCUGGGCUAGCCUGGGGGCUGGCGGGCUGGCUGCCGCAAGCAGAUCCCUGGGCCCGUUAUAAGCGCCAGGCCUCCCUUGCGCUCUCCCACCACACAGGCGGCUCAGCAAGGAGGACGGCAGAGGAGGAGAGGACAAGAGCCUGAGGCCCCACGAGAUGCAGAGCCGGUGGGUUCUUCUGUGGCUGGGACUCCUCGCGAUCUCCUGCCGAAGCCAGGAGGACUCGGCUGCUGGAGGAGGACAGGACCCUGCCGGUCCGGAUGCCGGCGCCGCCGCGGAGGAAGAGGAGGACCCCUUUUACAAGGUACCGGUCAACCAGCUGGCCGCCGCCGUCUCCAACUUUGGCUACAACCUGUACCGCCAGCAGUCCAGCCGGACGCCGGACGCCAACGUGCUGCUGUCGCCUUUCAGCGUGGCCACGGCGCUCUCCGGCCUUUCCCUGGGCGCCGGGCCACGGACGGAGGGCCUCAUCUCCCGGGCGCUCUACUACGACACGCUCGAGCCCGCCGAGGUCCACGGCACCUACAAGCAGCUGCUGGCCGGCCUCGCGGCGCCCGCCAAGGGCCUGAAGAGCGCCUCCCGCCUCGUCCUGGAGAGACGGCUGAGGCUGAAAAUCGGGUUUGUGAACGAGCUCGACGCCUCCUACGGGAACCGGCCCCGCGUGCUGCUGGGAAACCGCCAGGAUCUGCAGGAGAUGAACAGCUGGGUGCAGAAGCAGACGGGCGGGAAGGUCGCCCGGUUCCUGAGCGAGAUGCCCAGCGGGGUCAGCAUCCUGCUGCUGGGGGCCGCCUAUUUCAAAGGGCAAUGGGCGACCAAGUUCAACCCCCGGCUGACCGGCCAGCAGGACUUCCACCUGGACGAAGGCAGGGCGGUGAGGGUGCCCGUGAUGUCCGACCCGCAGGCCAUCCUGAGAUACGGCUUUGACUCCGAGCUCGACUGCAAGAUCGCCCAGCUGCCCCUGACAGGGGGCGUCAGCGCCAUGUUCUUCCUGCCCCAAAGCGUGACGCAGAACAUGACCCUGAUCGAGGAGAGCCUGACCGCCGAGUUCGUCCACGACAUCGACAAGCAGCUGAAGGCCGUCCACGCGACCCUGAGCGUCCCCCGGCUCCGGCUGGCCUCCGACACGGCGCUGGCGGGCACGCUCCGGGACAUGCGGCUCCAGGCGCUCUUUGGCACCCCGGACUUCAGCAAGAUCGCGGCCAAGCCCAUCAAGCUCACCCACGUGCAGCACAAGGUGGUCCUGGACCUGAACGAAGACGGCGCCGGUGCGUCCGCCCCCGCCAUAGAGGCCGCCCGCCUGAACUUCCCCAUCGAGUACCGCCUGGACCGGCCCUUCUUGUUUGUGCUCCGGGACAAUGAGACGGGGGCUCUCCUCAUGAUUGGGAAAAUCCUGGACCCUCGGAGCCCUUGAGUCACGCCCCCCCCCCCCCCCAGAGCAGCCCGCAGUCCCCUGGGGGGUGGGAGUGGGGUGCGGGGAGGCCCGGAGGCUCGGCCCCGUCCCGCCAGUGUGAUGCUUCCGUGCUGAAAUUAAAAAAAGAGCUUCUGCCUCA